GUAAUUAUUAAAAUCAACAUAUUAAACAAAUCAAAUAUUUCCUAGGUAACCAAAAAUUGAAAAAUGUAUGCAUCCAGUCCAAAAGUGUUUCGACCCUUAAAUAUGCGAUUUUCGAAAAAUCCUUUCUUAUUACUCGGUGAAAGACUUCCAAAUUUCAGGUGUGUACGUUGAAUAGUUUUUGAGAUUCAGCGAUCAGUGAGUCAGUGGUAUUUGGAUUUUAUAUUUCUACUAUAUAUAUAAUAUAAUAUGAGUAUUUGUGUACGCUGAGAUUAUUUCUAUCGAUAAACUUCCCGGAACAAUUAUUCUAUAGUUUAUUCAGAAUAAAAGUGCCCAGUCAUUUGGACGAAAACUAGGUUUUAUUGCGCAUGGUUCCUUUCCACUAGGAACGUUGUAGUAUGUCGACGCAUUACGACAGGCAUGUCAAACACGCGGCCCGCGACUUAUUUUUUUGUGGCCCUCGGCUAGUAAUAUUAAUGGACAAAAUAAAAAAAGGAUAAUAAAAAAAAAAUUAUAAAAUAUUAAUCAUGUGUUUCAACUAACAUAGAUUCUUUGAUAAUGGUAUAUAUUUUGGUAUACAUUAUUAUGUUUUAUCUUCUGAUUAUAGAAUAUAGAUUAAUAAUUUAUAUCGUCGGUACGCGACAUGCGUGCCUUUGGAAACUAGUCUUUCGACAACCAGCGUGUGUUCGAGUUUAAAUUUUGUUGCGUGCAAAUUUACAAUUUAAAAAUGUCUGUAUUAAAACCAAGUGGUAGUUAUAAACGUAAAAUUACCGAUGAACAUCGUCAAUUUCAUGAACAUUGGGAAUUACAAUAUUUUUGUAGUGAAAUCAAUAAUAAAAUAAUUUGUUUAAUUUGUAAAAGUGUUAUUAAUGUUCUAAAGUUAUACAAUAUUAAGCGGCAUUACGAACAACAUAAGUCAAAAUACGACCACUAUGAAGGGUUAUUAAGACAUGAAAAACUGAAAGAACUUAAAUCAGGAUAUAAACACCAACAAUUAAUGUUCACUAAAAUACCACAAGAAAAUGAAGCUGCAGUAAAGGGGCGGAAAAGAAGACCAAGGGCCGCGAAUCUGACCAUCCUGAUCUGGAGCGUUGAGCUGGUUACACACUACGCGCAGUGUAUAACCGCCAUUGGAGGGACUCGGUAUACCAUAUCGAAUUUCGAGUUCACGCGUUUUGUUAUUUUUGAGACGUAGCGUCCAAUGACGAGUGAGCGUUUUCUGAAAAAAUAUUGUACGAAUCAAAACAUACCCGAUGAAUCUACUUUAAGGAAAAAUUACAUUAUAGACGUUUAUAGAAAUAUCUUGGAAAAAAUUAAAAAUGAAAUUGGAAAAAACCUAAUUUGGAUUUCGGCAGAUGAGACUACAGAUUCGUGUGGGCGUUAUAUCGCGAAUUUAUUUAUUGGAAAAUUAUCCCUAGAACCUUCUCCAGCAUAUCUCAUUGCUUCUAAAGCACUUGAAAAAGUCAACCAUUCAACUAUAGCUCGAUUUAUAAACGACAGUAUCACCGCAUUUUUUGUCGAUACUUCUAUUGCUGAGAGAGUUUGCAUUUUUAUUUCUGAUGCAGCUCCAUACAUGACGAAAGCUGGAGUAGCCCUCAAAAUUUUCUAUCCGAACUUGAUCCACGUAACUUGCUUUGCUCAUGCUAUUCACCGCUUUGCUGAAGAAAUUCGAAAUGAGUUUUUGAGUGUGAACAAACUUAUUUCUGCCGUGAAAAAAGUAUUCAUGAAAGCACCAUCGCGAAUACAGACGUACAGGGAACAAUUACCGACUUGACCACUUCCAC